AUGGAGCUGGACGAGACGCCACUCGCCCCACCGAAGACCAUGCUGCUUAUGCUGAGGAAAGUUCGCAAGAGGCGGGAGAUGCUGCUGCAGCAGCUGGGCUUCAUCUGCGCCAUCCUCUUCUUCGUCUGGUGCAUGUCCAGCCUGCUCUCCAGACUGGGCCGAGAAUCAACUAUUGCAGACAAACAUGUUUUGUCAGGAAUAUGGAGGAAUAGAAGGUUGAUGGCAUCACCUAAUGGGACACAGGAAGAAAAGAACUGUACAGAGCCAGCCAUUAAUGAAUUUCCUGAAGAUAUAUUUACAAAUAAAGAACGGCAGCAAGGAGGAGUUCUACUUCAUAUAAUUGCAGCUCUUUAUAUGUUCUAUGCUUUGGCUAUAGUGUGUGAUGACUUCUUUGUUCCAUCCUUAGAGAAAAUUUGUGAGAAACUACAUUUGAGUGAAGAUGUUGCUGGAGCCACAUUCAUGGCAGCAGGGAGCUCCACUCCAGAACUCUUUGCAUCUGUUAUAGGUGUGUUUAUCACUCAUGGAGAUGUAGGAGUAGGAACCAUUGUUGGUUCAGCAGUUUUCAACAUCCUCUGCAUUGUUGGUGUCUGUGGAAUAUUUGCAGGACAGGUGGUUUGUCUCACUCAGUGGGCAGUGUUUCGGGACUCUGUGUACUACACAAUAUCUGUGAUUGUACUUAUUGUUUUCAUAUAUGACGAGAAAAUAGAAUGGUGGGAAAGCCUUAUACUCAUCAUUAUGUAUUCAUUCUACAUACUUAUCAUGAAGUACAAUGUGAGGAUGCAAAAUUUCUUCACCAUUAAAACCAAGAAUGUUGGAAAUGGUGACACAGCCAACAAUGAACUGGAAGAUGGUAAUAAAUGUUAUGCCCCUAAUUAUGAUGACCCAUCCAUUCCAUUACUAUGGAAAGUGAAGGGCAUGCAGCAGUAUGGCAAAAACAGCGUAGUAAUGGUAGAUGAGAUCAUCUGCUCCAGCCCUCCCAAGUACCGGUUCCCUGAAGCUGGAUUACGGAUUAUGAUUACAAAUAAAUUUGGACCACGCACCAGAAUGCGGAUGGCAAGCCGGCUCAUCAUUAAUGAGCGUCAGCGGCUGAUCCAAUCUGGCAGUUGCUCAAACAAACCACUUCAGAAUGGGAGACAUGAGAAUAUUGAAAAUGGAAACAUCCCUGUGGUGAACCAGGAGGAGGAAUCUGAACAGGACAAUCUCUCUCCCUUUUCACUUCCAGAUGGAAAAAUGAACAAAAUUAAAUGGAUUUUCACAUGGCCAUUGAUAUUUGUGCUCUUUUGCACCGUUCCAAACUGCAGCAAACCACGCUGGGAGAAGUGGUUUAUGGCCACAUUCAUCUUAGCCACUCUCUGGAUUGCCUUGUUCUCCUACUUCAUGGUGUGGAUGGUGACUGUGAUUGGAUACACCCUUGGAAUACCAGAUGUGAUCAUGGGCAUUACUUUCCUAGCUGCAGGAACAAGUGUUCCAGACUGCAUGGCCAGCUUAAUAGUAGCAAGACAAGGCCUCGGUGACAUGGCAGUGUCCAACACAGUAGGGAGCAAUGUCUUUGACAUCCUGGUGGGCCUUGGUGUUCCAUGGGGUUUGCAGACCAUGGCAAUUAGUUAUGGAUCAACUGUUAAGAUAAACAGCAAAGGACUGGUCUAUUCAGUUGCACUUUUGCUGGGAUCAGUGGCACUUACAGUGCUUGGAAUCCAUGUAAAUAAGUGGAAACUUGACAGGAAGUUAGGCAUCUACGUGUUGUUUCUUUAUGCUAUUUUCCUGUGUUUCUCUAUAUUGAUAGAGUUUAAUGUCUUCACCUUUGUCAACUUCCCUAUGUGCCAAGAAGAACGCAAUCCACCACCACCACCAAGGUUAGAAAGAAGAUGGGAGAAAAACCUUUAUAGUUCUUCUGAGCUUGACAUUUACUUUCCAUGGAAUAAUAAGAGCCUAAUCACAGACAUCAGUGAAGAGAGAAAUGAGACACACCUCUGUCAGGCCACUGCCCUGCGAAACUGCCUCCCAGUCCCAGGAAUCAGCAUCCUUGAUAAACUCAUCAAGACCUGUCCUGUCUGGCUUCAGCUGAACAUGAGCCAGGAAAGGGCUGGGGCAAUACUUGGCAAAGAAACAGCAGGGAUAUUCUUGGUUAGGAAAGAAGGUAAUGUGAACAACAUGAUCCUUGCAGUCUGCCUGCCUGUGCAGGAUGAGGCUCCUGGUGUGCUAGAGUACAACAUUAAAGAAGAAAAAUCAAUCCUGUACCUGGAAGGAUCUGUUCUUGUAUUUGAGGAUGUCUUCAAACUGGUUGCCUUCUACUGUGUCAGUAGAGAUUUGCUGCCCUUCACGCUGAAGUUGCCACAAGCAAUAAUAGAAGCCAAUAGCUUUCAAGACCUUGAAAUUAUCUCUAGUCUUGGAAUAGAUUUCUGGGAUUCCUCUUUAAACCACAGAAGAAGAAGAGAAGAUUUGUCCCACCCAGCAAAAGACUCCACUUUCAGCACUGUCCAGGCAGACAGUUUAAGAUCUACCCAGUGUUUCGCAAGUAGCACAAACCACUGCUCAUGUGAAAUUGAGCUGUCAAUAGGAAAUGACAGGCUGUGGUUCGUGAAUCCUAUUUUUAUAGAAGAGUGCAGUAAUCCUUUUCCUCCAGAUGUACCUCCUCCUAAAAGCCAUGCUGUGAGUGACAAUCUUCCCCUUGCCACCAUGCUUGCUGAAAGGAGGUCUCCCCGCCGCCCCCCGCCACCUCCACCUUCUCACACUCUUGUUCAGAAAUCUUCUCUGAAGGUCCUGCAGGAUCCUGUGACUCUCUGUGAAAAUGAACUGUUUCUUCAACCGCUAGGAAAGAGCAUUAAGGAAAUGAAAAUUGAGGGUGGUGACAACAAAGAAGAAGGAAAGCAGAGCUGCUCAGUCACCGAGCCUUCAGCAGUGCGCCCCAAGAAGAGCUCCCAGCCCUCUGUUCCCCCACGGAGACGACUGUGUGAGAAGACUUUGGAGGAGAGCUGUGUGGGUAAACCUGGAAGUUGUGAAACACUGAAAGGAGAACAGACAGAAGAAAAACAAGAUACGGAGAGCAAAGAUAAAAGGUCACCAUGCAAAAAGGCUGUAGAAAUGCCUGGGGAAGCUCCUGAAAGGGUUGUAUCACAGUUUCAGGAGACAAAGCCUGAACCUGCAGAGAAGAAGGAAGGCAUGCCUGAGAUACAAAACAAUGUUGUUGAGAAAGGAAAGUCACCUCCUAUCCCACCACCGAGAAGAAAGAAGCUUUCCCAGGUGCCAAAGAUCCCCAGCUCCUGCCAGCUGAAGCAAAGAACAGCGGCAGAGGUGGCUAUAGCCACAGCCACAGCCACAGCACAGGCACUGUGCAAGAGCAGCUCAGCUACUGUGGAAGGUGGUGCCAUCUGCACUCACACCAAGACUGAAAUGGGACAUGGCUGCAAGCUAGUCAGCUCUGCUGAACUGAAAGGUUCACACUCCUCGCUGGAGGGCCCAGGAGGCAGCACCAUGGCUCAGGCAUCAGCAUCUGAGCCAGAUUCGUACUCCACCAGCAGCACAGAGGAUGACCUGGAGAUGCUGAGCAGUUCCUCUGGUAAAAAGACACACUCUGUGAUCUUGGGCAAGGCCAAGAACAGGCUGUCCUUUGUGAGCCUAUCCAAUGUCUUCACAGUCUUUUUGUCUAGUGACAGGAAGCUACAGAAGAAGAUAGUGGAGCUGGCACAGGACAAGGAUUCAUACUUCGGCAACUUGGUGCGGGACUACAGAGUGUACAGUUUAGAGAUGAUGGCAAAGCAGAGUUCUAGCACAGAGAUGUUACAAGAAAUCCGAAUGAUGAUGACACAGCUGAAGAGUUACUUAGUGCAGAGCACUGAGUUAAAAUCUCUGAUAGACCCAGCCGCCUACACCGAGGAACAGUUAGAAGUGAUUGCUGAGACGGCUUUGUACAAAUGCGUCCUGAAACCUUUAAAAGAAGCCAUUGAUUCUUACUUAAAAGAAAUCCACAACAAAGAUGGAUCUUUACAGCAGCUAAAAGAGAACCAGCUUGUGAUACAAAACACAACUACCACUGACCUUGGCAUCACCACCAGUGUGCCUGAAACCGUUGUGCUGGAAAAGAUCCUUCACAAGUUCACAACCAUGCACAAGACCUACUCCCCAGAAAAGAAGAUUGCUGUCUUGCUGAAGUCUUGUAAACUCAUCUAUGACUCCAUGGCUCAGGGAAAUCCAGGGAAACUAUAUGGCGCAGAUGACUUCCUCCCUGUGCUCAUGUAUGUGUUGGCUCGCAGCAACUUGACUGAAGUCCUUCUAAAUGUGGAGUACAUGAUGGAGCUCAUGGACCCUGCUCUGCAGCUAGGGGAAGGCUCUUAUUAUUUAACCACUACCUAUGGAGCCCUAGAACACAUCAAGAACUACGACAAAAUCACGGUCACAAGGCAGCUUAGCGUGGAGGUGCAGGACUCCAUUCACCGCUGGGAACGACGUAGGACUCUGAACAAGGCCCGAGCUUCCCGCUCCUCAGUUCAGGAUUUCAUCUCUAUCUCCUUUCUGGAAAUUGGUGCUCAGUCAAGGACACUUGCUUCCCGGAACGACACCACAGCUGAGCGGCUGAGCCAACAGUGCGCUGAGAAGUUUGAAGUCUCCCAUCCCAAGGACUAUGGACUUUUUGUUUACGUUGAUGACCAGUGGCUGCAGCUGCACAAAGAUGCCCUUCCUCACCAUAUCAAAGCCUCCCUGCUGAGGUGUGAAACCAAGAAAGAUUUUCAUUUUAUUUAUAAACCAAUAGACCAUGGAAAUAUACCAGUUCCAAUUGUCAAUGAGUCAGACUUUCCCUAA